AUGGUGAAAAUCAACGCCAAAAACUCCAGCGUUCCAGUUCAGGGAGUCAAGGUCGCCCAAAGCAAUGCCACAAAGAUCUGGGGUAUCUCGGGCGAACAUCUCAAGUAUAAAAUGACCAAGAAUGAAACGAAAGGCCGAUGUGUUCUCUACGACCUCGAGGAUGUCAUUCAAGCGGCACUGCAGAGAAAACAAACAAACUGUAGGUACAACCGAGACCUCUCCGGGCUCCCAAAGGUCCUCGAACGCCUCGACAAGUGCGACGAUGACAAUGCCAGGAACCAAUUGGCGGCCUUUUACCGUCGAAAGUUGGACCUCUUUCUACCCGAGGUUGUGGAACUCGUUGCAAAGGAAAUGAUCCAAACGGUCCGGGCUGAAAUCAAACAGGCUGAACGGAAGAUUGCCAACAAAAAGUCCAAUCUCGGGGCGUUUCAGGUGCUGUCGAGAGGAAAGAAGGAUAUUUCAGACGAUGAGGAAAACGAUAGCAAAGUCGAAUACAGCGACGACGACGAAGAGGGCAAAAAGCGAAAGGCUACGCCAUCGCCCAAGACUACGGUCAAACGCAAGAAGAGGAAGACGGUCCUACACAACGGUACCAUAUGGGGAGACAACGACGAGGAUUUUACGCCAGCUUUGGAACACCACAAGACCAUCAAGGUGACACCAAUCACCACUAGGAAGACUCGUUCUGCCACUCGUCGUGCAAUUGCUGACGAAAAGUAA